AUGGUCUAUGGAUUUGAAAAUAUUGAGCCAUCAGCCAACCUCACGUGGACACCAUGUUUCGAUGCCUUUACAUGCUCUAGACUUGAGGUUCCUUUGGAUUAUUCAAACAGAAGUGUUGGCACGACGUCAAUCGCCUUCAUAAAACUGGCUGGGAAGAAUGCCACCGCCGAGUCUCCAAGCAUUGUAAUCAACCCGGGCGGUCCCGGUGGUUCUGGUAUCGAUCUCCUCCUCACAUACCGUACUGUCGCAGGGAAAAUGUUCGGAGAGCAUUAUAACUUCGUCUCCUUUGACCCUCGCGGUGUGAACAACAGUGAUUUGCGCCUCGACUGCUUCUCGGGAAAUCCAGAAGCAAGAUUGGCCUUCAGUCGACUGCACAGUACAGGCGCUACCAACAUCUCAUCAACCUCGCUUGAAGAACAGUACUAUUCAAGCUCUAUCUACGGAGAGUGGUGCAACAAUGCUGUCGACAAUGAGUCACCUCACGACUAUUAUGUGACUACACCGGCGGUCGCCCAUGAUUUGCUCACAUUUAUAGAAGCCGAGGCCGAGGCGACUGGUCAGUCACCAGCAGACGCCAAAUUGUGGUGUUAUGGCAUUAGUUAUGGCACUGUCAUUGGCAGCACUUUCGCUUCCAUGUUUCCCGACCGAGUUGGGAGAAUGAUACUAGAUGGUGUUGUGAACGCAGAGCAAUAUUAUAACAAUGAAUGGAGGGACAACGUUGAUCAAAUGGACGAGGCCAUGGAAAAAUUCUCGAGCUUCUGCCAUUCCGCAGGUCCUGGAAAGUGUUCCUUCUGGGGACCCACGCCAGCUAACAUCACGGCCAGACUCGACGACAUCAUCCAUCAGCUUCAAAACCAUCCGGUCCCGGUAAGCGGAGUCCGAAGUCGAGACCUCCCUUCACUGGUCACCUAUUCAGACCUGAAGGCUCUUUUCCUCAACACUAUUUACGCCCCACUGGAGAAAUUCCCAAUCAUGGCCGACAUCCUACGCCAGGUCGAGCGUGGGGACGUGUCUGCUCUUGCAGGCAUGUUUGACGGAUUAAAUUCUAUAUCCGACGCCCGUCUAGCCAUUCAGUGCGCCGAUUCGUAUCGGAGAAACAGGCUUACUACCAUGGAAGAAUUUAAGAGUUACAUCGAGUACACGAUCUCCAAGAGCAAGUACAUCGGUGAUAUUUAUCCCAUCUACCAAGACAAUAUCUUGUGUAGAUCAUUUCGACCGAAAUUGCCUGAUAACAUGGUGGUUCAAGGGCGCGCACGAUGUCUUCCCAGUUUGUCGGAUCGGUACUUCUAUUGCAAGAAGCUGUUGGUGUAA